CCAGGGUGAGCCAUUUCCGGUCACAGACUCCCUCCCCCGGAAGUGAGGACUGAUGUAAACACCGGAGCCGGGCGUCAAGGCCCGGGAGGUCAGAAAACCGGGCCGCAGGCGGCACCGAGAGCUGGGGCCAGGAUUGGGGACACGCGGAGGUCAGGGAAGCAAUCCUGGACCAUGACUCAGCAGCCACUUCGAGGAGUGACCAGUCUGCGUUUCAACCAAGACCAAAGCUGCUUCUGCUGUGCCAUGGAGACAGGUGUGCGCAUCUACAACGUGGAACCAUUGAUGGAGAAGGGGCAUCUGGACCAUGAGCAGGUGGGCAGCAUGGGCCUGGUGGAAAUGCUGCACCGCUCCAACCUGCUGGCCCUGGUGGGCGGUGGUAGCAGCCCCAAGUUCUCAGAGAUCUCAGCAGUGCUGAUCUGGGACGAUGCCCGGGAGGGCAAGGACUCCAAGGACAAGCUGGUGCUGGAGUUCACCUUCACCAAGCCAGUGCUGGCUGUGCGCAUGCGCCAUGACAAAAUCGUGAUCGUGCUGAAGAACCGCAUCUAUGUGUACUCCUUCCCCGACAAUCCCCGAAAGCUGUUUGAGUUUGACACCCGGGACAACCCCAAGGGGCUCUGUGAUCUCUGCCCCAGCCUGGAGAAACAACUGCUAGUGUUCCCAGGACACAAGUGCGGGAGCCUGCAACUUGUGGACCUGGCGAGCACAAAGCCCGGCACUUCAUCUGCUCCGUUUACCAUCAAUGCACAUCAGAGUGACGUGGCCUGCGUGUCCCUGAACCAGCCAGGCACGGUAGUGGCCUCAGCCUCUCAGAAGGGCACCCUUAUUCGCCUUUUUGACACACAGUCCAAAGAAAAACUGGUGGAGCUGCGUCGAGGCACUGACCCUGCCACGCUCUACUGCAUCAACUUCAGCCACGAUUCCUCCUUCCUCUGUGCGUCCAGUGAUAAGGGCACAGUCCAUAUCUUUGCUCUGAAAGAUACCCGCCUCAACCGCCGCUCCGCGCUGGCUCGUGUGGGCAAGGUGGGACCUAUGAUUGGGCAGUACGUGGAUUCUCAGUGGAGCCUGGCCAGCUUCACCGUGCCUGCUGAGUCAGCCUGCAUCUGUGCUUUUGGUCGCAAUACUUCCAAGAAUGUCAACUCUGUCAUUGCCAUCUGUGUAGAUGGGACCUUCCACAAAUAUGUCUUCACUCCUGAUGGAAACUGCAACAGAGAGGCUUUCGAUGUGUACCUUGACAUCUGUGAUGACGAUGACUUUUAAGGACCCUGUGGGUUGUACUAGGGACCUGUAGUGGCAGAUUGCAAAGCCUUUGUAUGGGGUGGGAGUGCUGUGGAAGCCACCAGCCUGCAAGCAAUGGAGCAGGUGUCCACUUUCCACUCUUAAGAGCAACGCCUAAACAGCUCAUUUCUUCCAAGCACUUCUUGAUGACUGUGUGCCCACAGGGCCAGGCCAGGAACUCAUAGAGGCAGCUGACCCCCUGGGGCUCCCAGCCUAGAGACGACUGCUAGGGACCCAGAAGGGGUGCCCUAAUCCAACCUGUGGGGAUUUAAAAACUUCCCGGAAAGAGACGAUCUCUGAUGUGACGAAUAUGAAUAAAAGGCCCUUAAUAGUA